AUGUCAAAGUCUGAACCCUACGACCCAUACCUCCCCCGCAAUGGUGGCCCUGGUGGACCUUCUGCUGGAAAUAGCCAAGGAGGCAAUGCCAAGACUGCCGCCAUUCAGGCCCAAAUUGACGACACCGUCGGCAUCAUGAGAGAGAAUAUCACCAAGGUCGCAGAGCGGGGCGAACGUCUCGAUGCACUCCAAGACAAAACCGACAACCUUGCCGUUUCCGCCCAAGGCUUCCGUCGUGGGGCUAACCGUGUCCGAAAGAAUAUGUGGUGGAAGGACAUGAAGAUGCGCCUGAUCAUCGGCGCUGCCAUAGCGGUCAUUAUCAUUAUUAUCGUCGUCUCUGUAGUUAAGGCGACAAAGAAAUGA